AGCCACGACUCACUACGGUUUGCCAGUUAAGCUUACGCGGCCAGGUUUAAUCGUGUUCUUGCUCUAAUCGGAUGUCCUCGCGACUGUGUUGAUUCCGAACAUCUGUAAGAAGCGUCGCCUAGAAUAGUCGUCAUCUCGGAUUUAAAAUGGGGUUCAAAUUUUUGGAGGUGAUAAAGCCGUUUUGCAGUAUACUCCCGGAAAUAGAGAAGCCGCAGCGAAAAAUUCAAUUUCGAGAGAAAGUACUAUGGACUGCAAUUACAUUGUUUAUCUUCUUGGUAUGCUGUCAGAUUCCUUUGUUCGGUAUUAUGUCAUCGGACAGCGCGGAUCCAUUCUAUUGGAUUCGAGUUAUACUUGCAUCAAAUAGAGGUACCCUUAUGGAAUUAGGAAUUUCUCCUAUUGUUACGUCUGGUUUAAUUAUGCAGCUGUUGAGUGGUGCAAAAAUCAUUGAGGUUGGCGACACUCCAAAAGACAGAGCACUUUUUAACGGUGCACAGAAAUUGUUUGGUAUGGUUAUCACUGUUGGUCAAGCCAUUGUAUAUGUAAUGACUGGCAUGUAUGGUGAUCCAACAGAAAUUGGAGCAGGAGUUUGUUUAUUGAUCAUUAUUCAAUUGUUUGUUGCUGGAUUGAUUGUAUUGUUAUUGGACGAACUGCUCCAAAAAGGAUAUGGAUUAGGAAGUGGUAUCUCUCUUUUCAUUGCAACCAAUAUUUGCGAAACGAUAGUAUGGAAAGCAUUUUCUCCUACUACUGUUAACACUGGACGUGGCACGGAAUUCGAAGGUGCAGUAAUUGCAUUGUUCCAUUUGUUGGCUACGAGGCAAGACAAAGUUCGAGCUCUCCGCGAAGCAUUUUACAGGCAAAACCUUCCUAAUCUCAUGAACUUACUUGCCACAAUCUUAGUAUUUGCCAUCGUAAUUUACUUCCAGGGCUUCCGUGUUGAUUUGCCGAUCAAAUCCGCCCGAUACAGAGGCCAGUAUAGCAGCUAUCCCAUCAAACUGUUCUACACCAGCAACAUCCCGAUUAUUCUUCAAUCGGCUCUCGUGUCAAAUUUAUACGUCAUCUCACAAAUGUUGGCUGUUAAGUUUCAAGGAAAUAUCAUUGUUAAUCUAUUAGGAGUAUGGUCUGAUGUUGGCGGUGGAGGUCCAGCGCGAUCUUACCCUGUUGGAGGGUUGUGUUACUACUUGUCGCCACCAGAGUCUGUAGGACAUAUUCUUCAAGAUCCUAUUCAUGCCGUCCUUUACAUUCUCUUCAUGCUUGGAUCUUGUGCCUUUUUCUCGAAAACGUGGAUUGAAGUUUCUGGCAGUUCAGCUAAAGACAUUGCGAAGCAGUUAAAGGAACAACAGAUGGUGAUGAGAGGACACAGAGACAAUUCGAUGAUUCACGAAUUGAACAGAUACAUUCCGACUGCGGCGGCAUUCGGUGGAUUGUGUAUCGGUGCUCUGUCCGUACUAGCCGAUUUCCUCGGCGCGAUCGGUUCCGGUACUGGUAUCUUGCUGGCCGUCACGAUUAUAUAUCAGUACUUCGAGAUCUUCGUUAGGGAACAAAGUGAAAUGGGUGGCAUGACUACGCUACUCUUCUAAUUGUAAACUUAAUCUGCAUAGACUUUAAAAGUGAACUUUUUUUAAUUCCGAAGAACUGAAUAAUAAUUUAUUGUAAUGUAAGCCCAUACGACGCUGUCAAUGCCGUUGAUCAGUCAACAGACCGAAAUGGAAAGUCUUCAACAUGAAUCAAACCGCACAGCUCUAUUCUCUUUAUUCUCUUCAUUAAAUAAAAUUUCAUACAUACGUACGUA